AUGUCCGCCUACCCGCCUCUCUCCAGGACAAGAUCCAUAAAACGACCUGCCAAUGCCGAAUCCAACGACUCCGAAGUCUCCAGGCUGCCCUCUGUCGACGAACCGCGUACUGGAUCGCCUAGUCGUCUACCAGUGAAGCCACUCUCCGGAAUCGCCAGAUCGGCGUCGGUAUCCACAAGGACAACCGCGUCGUCGGCAUCGACAACCGCCCCACGAACCACCGCCCCCAAGACUCGAACGGGAGGACUCUUGAGCAAGCUUGGCUCCAAGACCCUGCGCCCUGCGCAACAAAAUGAGAAUGUUGCGCCUGGAAGGGACGCGACGGGAUCGGCGGUAACGGGCACAGGGGCUGGGCUGCGCCGACCGGCCGCAUCUUCAGCUGCUGUUGCUCCUCGGCCCAAGACUUCUGGCGGCCCAGCCGGUGCCGAGAGGUCGGUCAAUUCAAACCACUCACGCGCCAAAUCCUCGGCGACGACACUUACAGAAGCAACCCUACUCCGUCCUGCACAAUCUUCAUCACAUACAGGCAUGUCGGCAACAUCGAGCAUGGCAUCGCGCCCACCUCCUGUCAUGGCGCAGGCGAAAGCGCUCCAUCGAAGGGCUCCCUCGAACCCCGUGAGAACCAGGAUAUUGGACCAGCCGAAGCCGCAGCAACCGCCACAAGCCGAGCAUCCCCAAGCAGCCCGGGCAAACAAGCCUGCUUUCAACACAAUGCAACAGCACUUUUCCCCGCUCAAGAUGGCAGCCCCUAAACCCCUGACAUCGACCUUCCUCGCUCCGCCGUCGCCCUCGAAGCUCCCCGCAAACGUUGCCAUUACGGCCGAGACGAGUCGUCGACAGACCGAACUGCUCCAGCUUUGCCUCCUCCACCGGGAAGCAGGGCCCACUGCCAGUCGAUGGCACGCGAGUGCUCGGAGUAGGUUGGGGAAACGAUUCGACUCUGUUGCCAAGGCCAAUGCGGCUGUCGCAAAGGCCAAGGCAAAGAGGACCGAAGAUGUCAAUGCACAGGCGCUGGACGCCUGGGUUCGAGGCGGCGGAGCCCACGACUCACGUCAGCUCGAGGAGAAGGUGCAAGCACUGGAUGCAGUCUUGUCCGGUCUUUGGGAACUCAGCGAACCUGGUGGUCGGCACGCGCGAGUCGUACGACAGUUUGAAAAGUGGCUUGAACGUUUACGAUACGUAAACGACAGGCGAGAGGGUGGGGUUUUCGACGUUGACGACGAGUUCGUCUUCAUUUCAGAGCUAGAUGCUGCGUGGCAUGACGAGUGUGCAUCCGUAGCCAGGAAGCUGGACAACUGGCGUAUGGACUUGAGGUAUUUGGAGGGUGGAGUGGAUUACGGUGCUCACAAACCAUCAGAGAAACACAGUACCGAAGUUGACGCGGAGGAGUCAAGCCUUACCAUGAUUCUUGCCGCUUGUCGUUCCCUCUCCUACGACAUGCUAGAGGAGAUCAAGCUAAUGGAGCAGAUCGAGCGGGAAGCUCUCAAGCAAGAGAGCGACUGGAUUGAAAAGAUUGCGAAAGACGAUGCUCAGGACAACACUCCCCGUGCCGGCGCGAUAUGGAGGGUUUUGUAA